CGAACUUUCUGUUCUUUAUGCCGCAUAUCAUCUAUACAACACCUUCGGGUACCAGGAUUCACGAAACAAUAAAAUUACAUAGGUAGAGUAAUAUUGCCUCAAUACUUCGCAGCCUCAUCUCAUGUGCCCACUAGGAUGUCGCAGAGAACCUUGGUGGCUGUGUGGCUUCUCUGCCUCAUCGUGCUACGCACGAGUUUCAUCGGCCAGACGAAGGCCUCGCUGGUUGUGCGCGCCGACGUUCGGACCAUCGAGGGCAUGGAGGACCUCGCCAGGGAUCCUAAAAUCACGCCUAUAGUUGUGCCGGGCUCUGGAUUCCUGUGGCUGCUUGAGACAUCGGAAACGGAUGUCUUCAAGAAAGUCCUCGAGAAGAUCAGAAGCCGGAAAGCUGUUUUCAAACGGCAUGAUUUGUUCAGUGUACCAAUUCUCAAGCGAAUUUUAAAGGCGAAGGCAGCCAUGAUCUUCACUCAACAACCCAUCGCGGGAGAGAUGAAAGAACGCUGCAGCAAACUGGGGGACAUGGACGGCGAGUUCUACUACGCGCCGAAGUUGGUGGCGCAGCUGCCGAUGACCUUGUUCAUGAGGAAGGAACUGGACAAACAACUUCGCGCCAGCAUCGGAGAAAUGAUUGAGCUGUUCAUCGAGCGGGGGUUGGUUCACAAGCUGUUUCGCGACAGCGGCCACGAGGAGACGCCGUGCCUCCGCGAGUCGGCGCUCAGCCAGCAGGUCAACACUGACCGAAGCCAGAUGGACGGUCUGCGUGGAAUAUUCUUCACCUGGCUCACGGGACUCGCUCUGGCUGCGCUAGUCCUGGUCGCCGAGCAAUCGCACCACCGCUGUCACAAGGCCACUUCCUCCUCACGGCCCAAAGUACUCCGUGACAGACCAGCGCGUCUGCGUCGGCGUGGAUUUCGCCCAAUCGUGCUGCCGUCUAAUGCGUCACUCGUCCCAGUAUUUCCUAAGUGACAAGUAACGUG